AUGAUAGUUGGUUCAGUGUUGAUCGAGUGUCAAGUAGGAAAGGGCGUAUACGGCGGCGGUUAUGGCGGUAGAGGCAGGUAUACUGGAGUAGGAGGAGUUGGACUUGUUGGUGUCGGCGGAUACGGGGGUGUUGGCGGGUAUUGCCCCAUUGCUAAGCCUGGAAUUGGUGGCUAUGGGGGUGACGUCAUUGGAGGUGGUGGCAUCAAAGGAGGAUAUAAAGGCAGCGUCAUUGGAGGUGGCGGCAUCGUAGGAGGAUAUAAAGGUGCCGUCAUUGGAGGAGGAUAUAAAGGUGGCGUAAUUAGAGGUGGAUAUAAAGUUGGCAUCAUUAGAGGUGGCGGUAUCGUGGGAGGGUAUAAAUGUGGCGUCACUACAGGAGGAUAUAAAGGUGGCGUCUUCGUAGGAGGAUAUAAAGGUGCCGUCAUUGGAGGAGGAUAUAAAGGUGGCGUAAUUAGAGGUGGAUAUAAAGUUGGCAUCAUUAGAGGUGGCGGUAUCGUGGGAGGGUAUAAUGGUGGCGUCACUGGCGGGGGCGUCAUCGUCGGAGGAGGCGUCAUAGGAGGAAUUGGCGUCAUAUAG